GGCGCGCCGGGGGUGUGCGGGUGCGCGCGGCUAGGAGGGGAAGCGGCGGUGACGCUGGCGUCUGGCUCGCCUGGACCGUGUCUCGGGGAAGUCGGGUGCUGGGGCGGGAGAGGCCUCUUCUGCACUAGGGGACAGAGCCUAACGGGGAGGUCGCGGGGUCCCGACCCUGCCACGUCUCGGCUGACUGCGGCCUGACUGACUGGGCUUCCCCUGGGCGCUUUCCCUUCUUCGAGGCCGGGCCCCUGAGGGUCUCCCUUUUCGGCCCAGCAUCUGUCGUGGGGAGCGGCACAUGCUAUUUCAGGGCCUGGGUCCCCACUGGGUUUUUCUGAGUUGAAGCGGAGGUGGAAGGAAACGCAGUCUCUCCUCUCCAGUGGUCUGGAUAAGGGGAACCCGCCCCUGGUGGGAAACGCCGCUCUGUGAAAUCUGCUUUCCAAUUUCAUUAGGGGUAUGCAUGCGUUUCUUGUAGAUGUGGGGCUGGUGACUUUCUCCCCAGAUGCUGAGGUGCCUGGAUCCCUGGCGCAGGCCAUUACUGAGCUGCAGUUGGAGUAGACUGUGCCUUCUGAAGCAGCAUCUGUUUACCAUGAAGUUGCAGUCUCCAGAAUUCCAGUCACUUUUCACAGAAGGAUUGAAGAGUCUGACAGAAUUAUUUGUUAAAGAAAAGCAUGAAUUGAGAAUAGCAGGAGGAGCAGUAAGGGAUUUAUUAAGUGGAGUAAAGCCUCAGGAUGUGGAUUUCGCUACCACCGCUACCCCUGCUCAGAUGAAGGAGCUGUUCCAGGCGGCCGGUGUUCGCAUGAUCAACAACAAAGGAGAAAAACAUGGGACGAUCACCGCCAGGCUUCAUGAAGAGAAUUUUGAAAUUACCACAUUACGGAUAGAUGUUACCACCGAUGGAAGACAUGCCGAGGUCGAGUUCACAACCGACUGGCAGAAGGAUGCUGAACGCAGAGAUCUCACCAUAAAUUCUAUGUUUUUAGGUUUUGAUGGUACUUUAUUCGACUACUUUAAUGGUUAUGAAGAUUUGAAAAAUAAGAAAGUUAGAUUUGUUGGACAAGCUAAACAGAGGAUACAAGAAGAUUAUCUUCGAAUUUUAAGGUAUUUUAGAUUUUACGGGAAAAUUGUAGACAAACCUGGUGACCAUGAUUCUGAGACUUUGGAAGCAAUUGCAGAAAAUGCGAAAGGCUUGUCUGGAAUAUCAGGAGAGAGGAUUUGGGUGGAACUGAAAAAAAUCCUCACUGGUAAACAUGUGAAUCAUUUGAUGCACCUCAUCUAUGAUCUUGACGUGGCGCCUUACAUAGGCUUACCUCCUAAUGCAAGUUUAGAAGAAUUUAACAAAGUGAGUAAGAAUGUUGAAGGUUUUUCACCAAAGCCAAUGACUCUUUUGACCUCAUUAUUCAAAGUACAGGAUGAUGUCACAAAAUUGGAUCUGAGGUUGAAGAUUUCAAAAGAAGAGAAGAAUCUUGGUUUAUUUAUAGUUAAAAACAGGAAAGAUUUAAUUAAAGCAACAGAUAGUUCAGAGCCACUGAAACCCUAUCAAGACUUCAUUAUAGAUUCUAGAGAGCCUGAUGCAACUGCUCGCGUCUGUGAACUGCUCAAGUACCAGGGAGAGCACUGUCUUCUGAAGGAGAUGCAGCGGUGGUCCAUCCCUCCCUUUCCUGUAAGUGGCCAUGACAUCAGAAAAGUGGGCAUUUCUUCUGGCAAAGAAAUUGGGGUCCUCUUACAACAGUUGCGAGAACAGUGGAAGAAAAGUGGUUACCAAAUGGAAAAAGAUGAACUUCUGAGUUACAUAAAGAAGACCUAAAAACUGGUGAGAGCUGGCUACUGAAAAGCAAGACAAUGUUUGGUAAGACUAGGUCCCCCCACCCCUUCCUUUUAAAGACUUGAAUAUAUAGCAGAAUAAAAGCCAGUUUAGCAUAUUUUGUAAAAUAUAAUUAUAUUUCAGGCACUAAACUGAAGUCUACCUCCUCUUAAAUUGACUUGUAUCACUGACCCUUGUAUUUCUUUUGGAAUAGUUCCUACUGAGAAGAGUGGAGUUGGAUUCGCCUAUCUUAGUCUGUCAAGGCCUUUUUAAAAAAGUGGUUUUUGUCUGUUUUUGCAUAGGGCAGAACUAAGAGUGAUCUUAAAAAGCAGUAACUGUCUUGAAGAAAAAAAGUUUUAUUAUUUGCAAUGGAAGUAACCGAGUUAAUUUUAUACAGUAACUGUCUAAGUGUCAGGUUUUAUGUAAACUGCAGAAUAAACUUGUGCUUGAAAA